UUUGACUUCUUGGCUAGCGACUCCUCGUAUUUUAAGGAAUUCGUUCAGCUACCUCAGGAUUUUAACGUCUUAAAUGAGACAGAUGGGGUGCAGCCGUGCAAUUUUAAGCCAAAUAAAACUUUGACGGGUUGUGAAUGUUGUUUUCUAGCCUCGUACGUUACCUCGUACCUGAGCGCGCUGAGCUAGCUACUUGCUAGUCAACGAUGCGUGUUUGCAUAGCAUGUUUCAUUCAUUUUGGCUAACGCUAGCUGUGUAGCGGCGGUUCUCGCUCACCUGACCGGGGGUUUCAGUCGAUUUGAUAGCUUUAGGGUACGUGACAUAGUUGAGCCACAGUGGCACUUUGGUUUUCUGUUGAACUGAGAAAUAACAGCCCCCGGUGUUAACCGCUUUACCGUCAGCUAGUUUAGGUCAACAAGGUAACGUUAAGUUUUACUAACUAUUAUGGAUUAUGAACAGAAGGCGAAGGCAGUGGCUGACUGCUUGCAGAGCUACAAGAGAGAUGAGUCCGGGUGGAAAGUCUGCAAGAAAUCGAAUGACGUGGUUGUGUCUUGGCGUCCCUCAUCAGAGUUCCCUGGGAAUGUUUAUAAGGGGGAGGGAAUUGUCAGCGGCAGCCUGGAGAAAGUGUGGGAGUGCCUGAAACCAGUACCCAAUGGGCUCAGAGUCAAAUGGGACAACAAUGUCAAAAAGUUUGAGCUUCUGGAACAAAUCACAGAGGACAUCUCAAUCUGCCGAACAGUCACGCCCUCAGCAGCUAUGGGUAUCAUAGCUCCACGCGACUUUGUAGAUGUUAUUUUAGUUAAGCAAUACGAAGAUGGCACCAUUUCAUCAAAUGCCACCAACGUGAGUCACCCGGGCUGUCCUCCUCAGUCUGGCUAUGUGAGAGGAUUUAACCAUCCAUGUGGUUGCAUCUGUGUUCCCAUCUCAGGAGAGCCAAACAAAACCCAGGUGUUCAGUUUCUUUCAGACAGACCUGGGUGGUUUCCUCCCUCGCUCUGUGGUCGACUCAUUCUUCCCAUCCAGCAUGGCUGAGUUCUACAGCAACCUUGCCAAGGCCGUCAAAUCCCUCAAGGACCUUUGACGCUACGAGCGCAGCGAUCUACCUUCAGACCUGAGGCCUGCUGUGACUGGUCAGGCCUAACGUCCAUUCCACUUUAAACAGUCCAAACUCAACAGCAGUCAGGCACACUGAGAUUAUUUAAUCCAAAUAGAUUGAAUCCACACUUUCUUAUCAUGUACACAUUCCUGUAUUCCUGUGUUACUGCAGGAAGAAUCCAGUAAGACUCAGCAACCCUGAUUCCCUUUACAUCCCUGUCUGUGGGAUCAAUAUAUUUGCCCUAAUCUGAUCAAUAUUUGAACAUGUGCUAAAAGUGCAGAUUAUAUUUCCUUUUUACCAGAAUACUGAGACACCAGACAUUCCUCCUCCUCUUCUAAUUACAUACUUCAAUGUGUACAGUAAGCAUGCAUGUUGCAUGGACCUUAUUUACCCGAUGCUGGUAUCAGAUUGUUGGUUUGGAGUGCUGCCUCAUACCUCAUAGAAUUGUUUGUGUACUUGAAAUGUCAUAGUUUUACUCAUUGUCACUCACCUACAGAUCAUCUGCCUCUUUGAUCAGCCACACUUAAACACUGAAGCACAGGUGAAACGGUAUAGGUGGCCUUUUUAAACAAAAGCAGCUGUUUUUUCUUUCUAAACGAACGCCUGUUGAAUAGGUCGUGUUAAAUGAAGUGUCUUCCCUUUUUCAACAUACUGUCUGAAGUUCAGUUCCCUUUCUUUUUCACCCCAUGCAGUCCUCAUGCAGUUUCAAAAUUAGAGGCGAGUCAGCUGUUUACAGUUUGCCUCACAUAUUCAUCAUUGUCUCAGCAUAUUUCAGCCAACUUCUCAAAACUUUACAAAGGUUUUUGUGACUAAAUGAGCUCAGAAAGGUGGCCAGCAGAUGAUUGAUUUUCCAGUCCCUCUGCUGCACCUUUUUAAUAACACAGUGUAACAGAUUUUGUUCCUGGAUAGUAUUAUUUCUCAACUGCUUAUGUUGCUAAGUAUAGACUAAACUGACAUUAUUCCCUUCAAACUUUCAUUUACAUAAGGUCUGAAUAAAACAACAUAUGAAUCAAGAUUUACAUGUAUUCAUACUAAAAUCACACAAAAAUGUCACCUAUCAGCCUCCAAAUAUAGUCUCCCAUCAUGUUUUUAUUAUACGCUUCUUGGAAGCGACGUUCAAAGUCCAGUAUAUCUUUGUGAAAGCGCUCACGUUUUUUUUGCCAUAAUUCAAAUUCUCUGUAUAUAUAUUUAUUACUAUGGAAAGUUCUAGCUACUCAGCAGUGAAUCAACCUGAAAUGUUCUGAAAAAUGGGUAAAUUUUCAUUGGCCAGGUCACAAAAGUAAAGUUUGAAGAUAAAAAUAAAAUAGGUGUUUUCUAUUUACUUUGGGCAUAAGCAAUUGGGAAAUAACACUUUCUGCCCAGGACCAAGAAAAAGUAUAAAUUUUGUUACAUGGUGUAAUCAAAGGGCUGCAAUGUAGGGGGAAAAAUCUUGUAACGUGGACAAAUUCUAAUCAUAUACUUUAAGAUACAGAGAGAUAAGACUGUUGUGGUGAAGUUAAGGUCACUGCAUGUGUGAAAUAACAUGGUUCAGGAUGCAAAAUAAUAUAAAACCAGAUAUUUCAAGAGAUCAGGCUGUUGGCACCACAGAAUCACCAUGGUUUAGAUACAGUAUGUUACUGAGUGAAAUAAAAACAGGACUUGAUUUGGAUUUGAUAAAAUGUUAUCACACCCCAUCCUGACCUGCAAUAUGACCACCAUUUUCAAACAUUAUUUACUACUGCAAUACCUUGAACCAAGCCUGCACCAGACACAGUGUGUUAUGAUCUUAAAUUUAGCCCACCUUUGUGAGAGUAGAGAGGCAGAUUUAAUCCCUAAGUGUCCUCUGUAAACGCUAAUUUCUCUUCCUAUGAAAAACAAUAUACAGAUGAAAACAACACAGACCUUUUAGAACUAACAUUAAAUCAUUUCUUUAUUUUUAAUGCUAAUGGGAAAUGAAAAAAUACAUAAACUGACCCUUAUUAUACAAGUAAUAAUACUUAAAUCAACAUGUAAUAUGAGAAACUUUAAGGCAGAUCAAGUUUCCCUGGGAAAAUGGGCAGGAGCGUUUUUUUCCCUCAGUGCAGUGUUUUGUUUCUCAGAAGGCUACCUCACUGUCUACAUAUUCUAGUUAAUGACUUCUGUAUGGGGGAAAAAGAAAUGGGAACUUGAAGUGGGCGUUGUAAUGAGAGUCCAGAUCAGGGCGUGUCUGAACAGUCUUUAAUUCUUCCUAAGACCUCAAGACACAUGUACAAUCAUCAGACAGAGGACAGAGGUCCUUUCACACUGACCAUUGGCUUUAUUAAUGUCUUGCUGUCUUUUAAAGUUUAUGCUCAUUUUAAGGUUAGACAGACAGGCACUCUUCUGUACCUUCACACAAACAUCAAAGCUUACAGCACUUGGAAGAAAAAUAAAAUCUAAAAUCAUGUCUGUAUUUGUUAGCUUAACAAUAUAAAAGUUGCUGUUAGAAAAAUUCUACCAAAUUUUUUGAAUAUUUACAUUAAUGUUAUAUACGUAUAAUAAGAAAUAGGUAUUAAGGUAAUAAGUUAUUCCACUACUGCCAGAAUCCUCUUCAGGUAUUCAGAAAAACACUACUGCACUGUAUUAUUUUAAUCGUCAUACACUGAGGCUCACUUUGGAAGAGGAAAUAAGAAAACAUGUGGUAUGAAGGACAUUGUGUAAGACUUCCAUUCCCUCUUUAUUAAGGUUGAACUGUUCCUUGAUGAUAUACAAUGAUUACUUAUGGAUUUCUUCAUUUUAAAAAAUUGGAUUAGAUAUAUUGCUUAAACAUAAUCAGCACUUUAUUAACUGAUCCUUCAGUAUGAAAUGUCAGCGGGUGAAUCUGAGUCAGGAAAGGCUGGAUGAUCGAUGUGAACUGCUACCGUACCCAGUUCCUCCAGGGCUUUCAUGUGUAUGACAAGCCAUAUACAGUGACAUGUUUUAACUUGUUUUAGUAUCACGGUUCCUCGAGUUGAAAAAUGUUUUUCUACUUUGCCUGUAACGUCUUUUUACCUCACAGUGUAGCUAGUAAUCUUAAUGAAAGACCUCUUCAAUUGUAUUCAAACUUUUCCACAUCAUGUGUGCUUGAGAUGUUGUGGCUUACAUGUGGAUUUUAAGACAUUUUCAUGUGUAUAUUUUUUAAAUUGAUUUAUUUUAAUGUAAAGUUGUCUUGGUGUACAUAGAGGUAGCUGCUAACAUAGAGGAAACAUCCAAUUUCAUAAGGAAUACAAGGGAAUGGAAACCAGAGAACUUCAUAUUUCAGGCUUUGAGAGUAAAUCAAGACUGAAUCACCUUAUUUGACUCAUUGAUCCCAGCUCCAUCUUGUAUUAACAAGCAACCUGGAUCUGAUUAAGUUGUCUAGAUAAUGACAUCUUGAAUCUCGUUAUUUAUACUCUUUAGUGCCAGCGACAAAGGCAACUGCACUUCUUAUAGUUUCCUUGAAGUUUCACCUCCCAUCAGAAAGGCUUCUUCAGUUCUAAUGGUGCGUUCUAGUUGUACUCAGAAGUUUCUAGUAGGACAUUUCAACUGGAAAUGCCCCCUGAGGUUGGAGAAACCCCGCCACCAACCAACAUAAGAAUUCAAGGUGGCUGCACAUGAAGUCAGUUUUGUGUUUUGGUAAUGAAAUGAGUAAAUAAAUGCAAUCAAAACUGAACUGAAGAAGCCUUUUGGAUGAGAGGUGAAAUGUCUGGGAAUAUACAAGAAGUCCAGUUGCCUUCAACUCAGGUACUUAAAACUGCUAUGACCUGGAUGACUGAGAACCAACACAGACAUUUAUACUUUGAGACCCCUUCCACCAAAUUAGCUCUGGUUCUUGAACUGGUUCCAUUAAGGAUACUUUGAACAUUGUCGAUAUUCAAUGAACCAGCUGGUGUUUCCACCUGUUUUGAGCAGAACCAUUAUAAUCGAGGAUGCAUCAUUAAUGGAGGGCACUGCGCAGUGCACAAUGGAAGUAAACCGUACUGUCCUUAAACUGUUACUACAGAUAUUUGUCUGCAGACCACUGCAUGCUCUUUUUUUCCUGCUGAUUUCUCUCAUGCCCUCCUCAUCCUGUCCCUCCAACCUGUAGAAUACAACACACCCAGCUGGGAACUGACUUUUCAGUUUAUGAACCAGUUUUGUUUUUGGCCAAAAUGCUACAAAUUAAAAUUAGGGAUGGGCAUUUGAAGAAAUUUCCUUGAUCAAGCGUCAGGAAAAUAAACAAUCAAUUAUCGAUUGUUAUUUUUUUAAUACUGAAAAUGCUUAUGCCUGUGUGUUUUUCACACUUACUAGUCCAACAACAAUCCUCUUGAACAAAGCCUUUAAAGUUGGACUAACAACAAAGAUCUAUGGUGCUCAUAAAGGCAUCAGGGGCCAAGGCUCUGAGUCAAACCCAACACAUUAACAAAUCAAAGCUACGGUGCUCAACACAAACACAACUGAGAGUCUUUUAAACAAAGUCAAAAAAAGUUAUCACUGGCAUUGCAGUGUUUACAGUGAACUCCGUUAUUUCUUAGCUUCAAAUGGUUCCACAUCUAAAUUUGCCUUUGGUUUUUUUCAGCACCUCGACGGCAGCUCAGUUUUUUCUGUAAAAUUUUAAUUGCGCCUCCUGCUGGUUGCUGCCGUGUAGUGAAAAUCAUUAAAUUGCGUAUAUUCCUUGGACUCUCUUUAGUCUUAAGAAUGUGGCCAAACUACACAUAUGUCAUUUAAACCUGCAGGUGUAGUUUGGCUGACUGCAGUCUGUUCGCAUUGCAUUCUGCUUGCAUACACAUACAGUAACUUGUUUUUCAUGAUCUAUAUAAGAUAUCCAGACACUGACGCUGUGUUAAUAGUAGAUGGAGAUGAGGUCUUUGUCCAACGUAUGGAAAACACCUGCUGGGACGUCUCUGGUUGAACCACCUCUGAAAAAACCUCUGAGACUUAAACUGCAGAAUCACCAGCCACUUUUUCACCAGAUUUCUACUAGUUUUUAAACAGAUUUCUAACCAUCCGAAACCACAGGAGGACCCUGUUUACUGUAAACUGAUCUUCACAGUGUCCAGUGAUAUCAGGAAACACAGCUUUAUCUUUUCACAUUUGAUAUGCAGGGCAGUGUUGAUUCAGUGUUGAUUUACGUUCUCUGACUUCAGUGAGAGAACUUUGACCAAGCAUGGCGCUGUUUCCAGAACGACAUGGUGGUCAAAGAACAUGUAACCAGUCCUGCUCAAACCCCCGAAGUAUUAGAUUGUGACUGUGAUGGACUUUUUGACCACCAGUGAGACCAAAUACCCAGAGUGUUCAGAGGCCGAUCCAAAGUUUUCUUGUCAGCUUGUGGUUCAGACAUUACUUGUGUCCUGUGUCACAGUAGUUGGCAGGUUGUCCUGGGCACUUCAAUGACCAACACAACAGAAUAUAUGUGAACUGAUACAAAUGUUUAUAAUUUACUUACUGAGAGCAACUGCUGCUACUCCUAACACUGAGUUUUACCUGUCUAGUCAGAACACAUGCAACUGUUUAUCAUGUACUGUUCUGCACCCAGUUAGUUUCGUAUUUCACCAGCAUUAAAAUGAUUAAGAGGAGCA